UGGAAAAAUGCGCCGGAAGAACAGUACGGCGCUUCUGUUCAUGUUGGUCUCCGCCGCUCUGUUCGCCUCUUUCCUAUUCUCUCUCCCCCGCCACUUCUUAUUACCCGGUAGAGAAAUCCGUCCAACUUCGGUGAUCUUCAGGAAUCACCAAUCCUUCAAGAAUCUCCAUCACGCCAUCGCUACUGAAGAUGAUAUCCGCCGCGCCCUCCACCACCAGCACCACCACCUCUCAUCCUCAUCCAUUGCCGAUGAUCCCCGUAUUGCCUCCAUUCUCUUACGCGAUUGGGAAGUCCUCCUCAUCCUCUCGCCGGAUAAUUCGUUAUCGUUUGACGCCACCGGCGACAUAUACUAUUGCCUCUUCCAGAACAACGCAACUUUUCCGGCGAAACCUGCCGGAAUUUUACCUUCCACUAACCUCGCCACCUUCAAGUGCCUUCUCCCAAGUAGCGUCCGCCGUAAUCGUCCCAUCUUCCAACCCAUUCUAACGAAGCGGCGAGAGUUUUGGCCCGUGAACUCGUCGGAAUCGCCCGAGUUGUUUCGAUGGGGUUUUCUUGCGUACGAAUCGUUCUCUACGGAAAAUGACGUCAUCAUAUUCGCCAAAGGAGUGAACCAUCGCCAAGGCGUCAACCGGUCUCCGACGGAGCUCCGCUGCGUGUUCGGCGACGACGUUAGUGUUAGUAACAGCGUUGUAACGGACGUUACCAGCUCCUCGCAGGAAGUGUUUCGUUGUCGACACCCGGACGAAACUGCCCUCGCCCGAUUGUCUCACGGCGGGAAGGAAAAAAAGAUUAAAAUUUCCCUCCAGUUCCAGUUAGAAGAAGAGAAGAAGGUGUUACCAUCCGUGGCGUACUACACACCCUGGUCCAAACCAGCAGAAGCAGUAGUUGUUCAGGAGAAGUCGCUAAUGUGCGCAUGUACGAUGGUGUACAACGUGGCUAAGUUCUUGAAGGAAUGGGUUGUUUACCAUUCCAAGCUCGGCGUUGAGAAGUUCUUCUUGUACGACAACGGGAGCGGCGAUGGCUUAGAACAAGUGGUUUCAGAGCUUCUCCUCCGCCGUGAAUCAUACAAUAACGUGACGAUCGAGAUCUUAUGGUGGCCAUGGCCAAAGACACAAGAGGCUGGAUUCUCACACUGUGCCUUACAUGCGAGAGAUUCGUGUUCAUGGAUGAUUUACAUUGAUGUGGACGAGUUCAUCUUCUCCCCUUCAUGGCUCAAUUCCUCACACCCAUCCACUAACAUGCUCCGAUCCUUCUUGCCGAUCUCAUCGUCUUCCUCAAACUCGUCACAGUUAGGGCAAAUUGGGAUCCGGUGUCUCGAGUUCGGGCCAUCGAACCAGAGAUUAAAUCCGGUUCGAGGAGUGACUCAGGGUUAUACUUGUCGGAGAAGGUCCGACCAGAGGCAUAAAUCAAUGGUCCUAUUGGACGCGGUGGAUGAGUCUUUAGUGAACGUGAUCCACCAUUUCCGGCUGAAGGAGGGUUACAGAGAGAAGUUGUUGAGGGUAGGAGAAGGAGUGGUGAACCACUAUAAAUACCAGGCGUGGCCGGAAUUCAAGACCAAGUUCCGGCGGCGGGUCUCGGCUUACGUGGCGGAUUGGAAAAAAGAAACGAACCCUAACUCUAAGGAUAGGACACCCGGGUUGGGUUUUCUACCGGUCAAACCCAAAGGGUGGGCCAAUAAGUUCUGUGAGGUGAAUGAUACGAGGUUGCAGCAGGUUACUCAGAAAUGGUUCGGGUCCGAGUCGAGAACCGGGUUCAAAAUGGCUUGGCAAGAUGAGUGAGAGACAAGAGUGAGGUCUAACCGGUAUAGAAA